AUGAAGCAAUCCACAUCUUCCUCACACGGGAUGCUCUCACAGAAAAACUUGUUUAGAGGGAGUCGAGGCUUGCACCCUCUGUCCCAGCGGGGAAGUCAGUGCUGGGUCACAUUUGAUAUUUUUACUCCCUCCUUCACUCACCUGCCUGUGUGCAUCUCUAAAACCGAGGAGCGUCCAACUCACAAACUAAAAAUAGAGCUGUUUUCAGAGUCUGCUCCAGUAAAUCUGGUUUGGGGCAGCGUCACACUACACGACAGAGCACAGACCUCCAUCGAGAGGCCCAGGGCAGCGUCACACUACACGACAGAGCGCAGACCUCCAUCGAGAGGCCCAGGGCAGCGUCACACACACGACAGAGCGCAGACCUCCAUUGAGAGGCCCAGGGCAGCGUCACACACACGACAGAACACAGACCACCAUCGAGAGGCCCAGGGCAGCGUCACACACACGACAGAGCGCCAGACCUCCAUCGAGAGGCCCAGGGCAGCGUCACACACACGACAGAGCACAGACCACCAUCGAGAGGCCCAGGGCAGCGUCACACACACGACAGAGCACAGACCUCCAUCGAGAGGCCCAGGGCAGCGUCACACUACACGACAGAGCGCAGACCACCAUCGAGAGGCCCAGGGCAGCGUCACACUACACGACAGAGCGCAGACCUCCAUCGAGAGGCCCAGGGCAGCGUCACACUACACGACAGAGCACAGACCACCAUCGAGAGGCCCAGGGCAGCGUCACACUACACGACAGAGCGCAGACCUCCAUCGAGAGGCCCAGGGCAGCGUCACACACACAACAGAGCGCAGACCUCCAUUGAGAGGCCCAGGGCAGCGUCACACUACUGUACACGACAGAGCGCAGACCUCCAUCGAGAGGCCCAGGGCAGCGUCACACACACGACAGAGCGCAGACCACCAUCGAGAGGCCCAGGGCAGCGUCACACUACACGACAGAGCGCAGACCACCAUCGAGAGGCCCAGGGCAGCGUCACACUACACGACAGAGCGCAGACCACCAUCGAGAGGCCCAGGGCAGCGUCACACUACACGACAGAGCGCAGACCUCCAUCGAGAGGCCCAGGGCAGCGUCACACUACACGACAGAGCACAGACCACCAUCGAGAGGCCCAGGGCAGCGUCACACUACACGACAGAGCGCAGACCUCCAUCGAGAGGCCCAGGGCAGCGUCACACACACAACAGAGCACAGACCUCCAUUGAGAGGCCCAGGGCAGCGUCACACUACACGACAGAGCACAGACCUCCAUCGAGAGGCCCAGGGCAGCGUCACACUACACGACAGAGCGCAGACCUCCAUCGAGAGGCCCAGGGCAGCGUCACACACACGACAGAGCGCAGACCUCCAUUGAGAGGCCCAGGGCAGCGUCACACUACACGACAGAGCACAGACCUCCAUCGAGAGGCCCAGGGCAGCGUCACACCACAGACAGAGCACAGACCACCAUCGGAUCACAUCCAAAAUUGA